AUGCUUCGUCAAGUGCUCGCUGCCAUCGCCCUUGCGACAAGUCUUGUAGUGUCCGCGCUUGCUGCUGGCCCAUCUCCUGGCCAGAUCAAGAACCUCGUCACCUUCGGAGACUCCUAUACCGACAUUGACGCGCAUGCCGAUGGAGGAAUCAUGUGGCCUGUCUUCGCGGCGCAAGACGGCGACUUCUCCCUCUUCCCGUUCGCAAAAUCUGGAGCGACCUGCUCGAACAACCUCACCUUCCGCCCCUUCCCGUCGGUGUUCGAGUCUCAGCUCCCGACCUACUUCUCUGAAAAGGCCAAUGGGUCGCUCGCGGCGCUGAAGAUGGAGGACACCAUUUACACCCUCUGGAUUGGGACGAACGACGUCGGGGCGAAUGCGCUCCUGACAGGUAGCGACCCGGGAGUGACUAUCGUGGAUACAGUGACAUGCGCUGUGAACUGGGUGAAGACGCUGUAUGACAGCGGCGCGAGAAAUUUCAUCUUCCAGAACAUGAUUCCACUAGAGACCGCCCCCCUGUACUCCGCGGACUCGUAUCCCAACAGGUACUGGACCGCGCAGCGCAACACGACCGAAUGGAGCGUCUUCAUGAAAGAGCUCACCACUUCUGGCAACGCGAUUGCCCGUCUACAGCUCCAGGCCCUCGCCCCCACCUUGCACGGCGCGCACGUCGGCCUCUUCGACUCCCACUCACUCUUCGCCGACAUAUUCGCGCGCCCCCAGCUCUACCUGAACGGCACCGCUCCCCUCAACGUCACUGGAGCCGUACAUGCGUGCGUCUUCCGGCUAAGUGAGAGCACGUCCGACCCCGGCGUGUGCACCGACGCGACUGGAACGGACCAGGACAGCUUCCUGUGGUACGACGAGCUGCACCCGUCAGUGCAGGCGGAGCGGGUGGUUGCGAAAGCGAUCUCGGAUGUGAUUCAUCGGCGGUCGGAGAAGUGGAUUACUUGGCUGUCGUGAGGGAUGAGCAACCCGGUGAGGAUGGGAUAUGUUGUUUAAAACACACAGCUCACAAGUUCUACUUGUCUGAUGCGUUGUACUUUCUACAAGCUUGGAUUGC